GCCGCGGCAAGAGGAAGCGACAGGCCGCGACGGCUGGUAGGCGACUAUGGCCGGGCAGAAGGGCGGAGAACCGCCGAAUUAUGUUGCGCGUCUUUCCGAGUGGGCGGACGCGCAUCUCACCCUCGUUCGGGUACGCGCCUGGAAUCGGUCCGGCCAAAGCGGAGGGUUGGUCAACAUAAGUACUGGAUUGGCAAUAGCUGGAGCGAUUGUACUUGCAAAGAGUAUCAAAUUGACAGCCAAAUUCACAAAUGCUUUUGAAAUACCUCCGGAAUUUAUAGAGAAGAAUGUUAAACUACGUGGACAAUUACGUCAAAUAACCGAGCAAGGAUUAGAAAUUGAACAUGUACCUAUUACCCUUCCGAUCAUUUCCUCUCUGCAGAAAAGAUGGAACUCAAAUGGUUUGUUGCUUGUCAGGCUUGCUGGUGUGGAGUUAACAUCUGACGGUGUAAUCUGGUUAAAAGAAGAAAUGAAACCAUCACAAAUGAUUUGGUUCCAGCUUUUGGGCAGAAAAGAAUCAGCACUUGAUUGCUUUGUAAUAGUAAAUAAGGGGAGAUUCUCCAGUAUUUGUCUAAAUGAAGAGAUCUUGCGACAGGGGCUUGGCAGGACAGUUCGUAUUGAAGGGUUGGCGCAUGAAUCCCGGAUAUACUGGAAGCUUCACAAGAGGCUACUUCAAGCAGAAAUGAAAGCUGUGAAAAAGAGGAAAGGAAUCUGGAAAGAAGAGACAUUCAUUGAAAAGCUCAAAGAACACAUAAGCAAUUACAAAUUCAUCCAAAAAUUAAAGCAGUUUGCAAUAUGGUUGAGAAUCCGGCUAUGAAAACAAUAGCUUGGAGCAGCGGGGAGCACCUUGUUAGUUUCUGUGAAAACGAUGUAACUAAGUUCUUAAAGAAGAUGAAAACAUCUGAUACUUACAUCUUAAAAAAUGUGCAUAUACGAUACACAUAAUUAUUGUUAAAAGUUUUGAUCUAUUUUUUUCACAAUGAAGAACACUCUUUAGGCUAACUCUCCCAGAGGAAGAAAGCACAAAAUAUAAUGUGAAUAUAAAGGAAAUAUGGAAAUUACUGGUGAUGUGUUUUACAAAGAUUGCAUGAAACUUCCGGGCAAAAAGAAAAAAGCGAGAAAUGUUCUCCAUUCUUACAUUUUGUGCAAAAAAUUGGUCAGCUUUUUCAUAAUAGGGCAGCUAUAAUGCUGAUGUUUGACCUUUGGCAACAUUAUACAUGUUUCUAAAUGCUGAAUUUGACUUUAUUUGGCAGACUGCUAUCAGGCUUCAGUGUAUGACGGCAGCAUUAUUUAACGCUUUUGCGACAAUAGUCUGAUUUAGGUUCAUACUGGCACUGGUAAAAGAUGAUUAGCUAAUUAUGUAAAUUGCCCCCAUAAACAUUUUGGAUUUUGUGCUUUCUUUCUAGAGAUUGUUCUUAAUGGAUACUGCCCACAUUCUAUAAGUAUCAAAGUGUAGCAAUUGCAAUUCUUGGUUGGUUACUCCUAUAGCUUUGCCAGGUUUCUUUCAGAAAAGGUAGAAAUUUUACCAGCCAAACUAUCUUAUCUGUACAUGGUGUAUGCUCUCUAUGGUCUCUGUCCGUGGGGCUUCAUUCCUUUGUUGUGUACGUUUCUCUUUACUUCGUGAUGCCACGUGAAAGAAAGAAAUGCAGCUGCCUGUAUAAUAAUUUGUUUAUCAAGGAGAAUAGCUAAUUUCGGAGAGACCAAUGUGUUCAAGGGUUAGUAUUACUGUUUAUGUUUUAUAGACUUCCUAACAUUUUAAGGGACAAAGAAGGAAGUGACAUUGAAAUUAUGGAUUUGUGCUCAAGGCAAGUUUGUAUUGAAUUUAAAUGUAAAGAUUAAUUGACCUGAUCAUAAGAUGUGAUCACAUGGAUAGAUAUACUUUGGUAGAACAUUAUGUAUUACUUUGUGUUCUGAACCACUUAUUUAUAUGCUUAACUAGCACUUGACAACAUUUCGAAUGUUCUUGCUAAUGUAAGUAAUAUAGAGAGAGAAUAUAUCUACAUUGAGAAUUAAAUCUUAUAGAAAUGUUUUUUUUUUUGCUGAUCUGUAUUGUCUUAAAAUUAGUUCAAUACAAAGCAAUAUGUAUUCCUUAAAUAUCAAUAUAUAAAAUACAGUUCUUCAGUCUCCCUAUU